AUGGCACGGCCUGUCGAUUGGGCGGCCGAGGAGCGCAAGCUUCAGCCUGUGUAUGAGGACAUUCAGUUCGGUCUCUUCAAGCGCGCAAAGGACACUGUGGAGCGAUGGUUGAAAAAGCACCCAAAGUCGCAGCCUGCCCUCGUCCUUCGCAUGGUUAUCGCCGAGAAGCAGCGUUUGGGCGCGCCGGCGGUCCUCCGCGCCUAUGCCGACGUCAAGAGGACGGAGCCGCUCUCGGGGCGUAGCGUGUGGUUUGUGGCUCUUGCGUUGAGGAACAUUCGGAGACCCGACCUCGUCCUCGAGCUGUACCAGGGUAUCUGGGACUCGCGCCCGGACAUUGCCGAGCUGGGCGACCAGGUCUUCCUCACAGCCUCUGCCAUGGGCAACACUGCCGUGAUGAGCACAUCCUCGCGCAAGCUGUUCAACGCGACCAAGGCGCCCCAGUGGGCCCGCCUCGCUGCCUACUCGGCAUGGGCCCACGCCGCGCCGCCGCCGAGCGAUGCGGAUCCCUUCCCCCUCGCCCCGGCCCGCUCGCUGCUCCCAGCCUCGCUUCUCCUCCGCACUACAGGCAAGGAGGUGGCGACGGCCGACCAGCUGUGGCUCCGCCUCGAGGUCGCGCUGGGAAACGGAGACGUUGCCGAGGCCCGGCGCCUGGUCAAGGACGAAGGGCGCAAGGGCUCGUUGAACCGCCGCUGGAUCGGGAUGGAGGCCGCAAAGGCCAUUGCGGGCCGCGAGGGCGUGGACAGUGCCGAGGUGUGGGCCGACGAGUUUGCCGCCACGGUCGCUCAGCUGGCCGACCCCGAGUCGCAGUACAACUAUGCGUUCUAUCGCCACCUCCUUGCGGCCCUCGACGGUGCCUACACUGCCGAACGCGCCGGCGAGGCCGACGACUUGUUCAAGCAGAUUGCCGAGGCGAUUGGCGCCAAGGAGCGCGCGCCGUCGCUGGCCCGUCUCGAGCUCGACAAGCGCCAGCGCGCACGCAACGCGGGCAUGGACAAGGCAGAGUGGGAGGCGCUUGUCAAGGCAUACCUUGCUCGUUGGGGCAGCAAGUGGACUACAGGCGACGAGCUGGCCGGCAUUGCCGGUGAGGACCGCAACGACGAGAUGCUCGCCCUUGUGUCUGCCAACUUGGCGCCUCACACCAACGAGAAGAGCUACCUCACCCGCGCCGUGGCCGAGCUGUAUCUCCUCCAGCACGGCGAGAAGAAGGGCGCUGCGCACUACUGGACGCUCUACACCGAGGGCCUGCAGUACGGCGUCAACCUCCCCAAGACGGACGUGCAGCCCGCCGACUUUCUCGGCCUGGCCGCUGUCGAUGUGCUGCUCGCCUCGUGGGCCCAGAAGCCCGAGGACGACGGACCGUUGCUCGCGGCCGCCAGCGCGCUCGAGCACAUCAUUGCCAAGUCACCGUCGUCGUUUGACGCCCGGUUCACACUCGCACGCGUGUACCGUCUCCUGGCCGCUCCGGGCGCGUACGUGCCCCACCUGGCGAAACUGAACCUCUCCGAGAUCCAGCUCGACAACCUGCUGCAUGUCGUGAGCGAGCGCGGUGGUGUCGAGGCGCGCGCCGGUGGCAAGGACGUGGCCAAGGCAUGGAGCGAUAUCGUGGAGAAGGCGUCGCUCAUGUACACUCGCGGUGCCACUGAUCUGCCCGAGUACAUCAAGCAGGCGCUCGAGCAAGAGUCCUACUCCAAGGUACACGGUAUCCGCACCCUUGUCAAGUGCCUCGACUCGUCUAUCGCUGCUCGCGCUCUGGAAGUGGAGGAGGUGGCGCUCGCGCUGGCCACCGGCGCCGACGUGUCCGACUCGACACUCGAGACGCUCUCUGCCGGCCUGGCAGAUGACACCGCAUUCAUUGACAACCGCAACUUUGAGCUGCUGGCCGACUCGCUGUCUCCAAGCGGCGCAGCACUGUCGGCCGCGCAGCCCACGAUUGACGAGAAGGCCAUCCGCGCCCUUGGCGCCGUCACCCUCCGCGCGGCGCGGUUCGUCAAGGGCGAGCCCGUCGACGCCGCGUCUGCCGCAGUGGACACGGCCGGUCUGGAACCCGUCGACGCAGCGUACGUGUCAGCGCUCGACACGGUCCUUCGCGCGACUGUCGAGUCGGCAACCCCACCAUCCCUGGCGGGCGUGUACGACCCCUUGCUCGCGCUCGCCACCUCGCCGGCUGCCGCGGAAGGCACGACGUAUGCACGCACACACGCGCUCCUCACCCUCGCUCAGCUGGCACGUACCUUUGACAGCAUCUACAAGCGCGUCGCCGACCUCGCCAAGCCCGUCAAGGGCAAGAAGCGGCCGGCACACCUCGUGGCUUUCCUCGCCGAGCUCAAGGGCGCGCGCGAGGCGCUCAAGGUGGCCAACCCGGACCAGAGCGUCGCGGCAGUGCUGCGGGCACCGAGUGCGCAGGACAUGGAGGCCGCGCGGGCGUGGGCGGAUGCCGAGCUGGUGCAGAGCGUGCAGGACAGUGUGGCCGCGGCAAGGAAGGAGCUGGGUGCUGGACUGGACAAGUGGUUGGGCAGUGGCAGUGUUUAG